GGCUGUAUUGUAGAGAGAGCGAAAUCUGAUAGAAGAUUGUAGUUUAGUUUAUUGAGAAGAUUUAUUAAUACGACAUUCAUCAGUUACUAGAUUUCCUCCCUGUGGAGUAUUCUCUUACAACAACGAUGAUGUUCAAUAUUGCAAGAGUAUUCAGUAGAGCAAACAAGCCUUUACAACUGUCUACUAUUAGUACAUCCUCGAGAGUACUCUCAAAGACACAAGACAAAGGCGUAGGCGUACAAGAGCAAUCAACCCCAGGUGGUCCUUCCCCAGACGAAAUUGCCCAAUCAGACUCUGCCUACGAUCCCUCCAAACCAGAUCCUACCUCCUCAGCUGAAGGUGUCGAGCAGGAAACAGGAAAGCCAUUUGCAGGGGGAACAACAGCGGCAAAUCCAAAGGGAAGCCCUGUAGCUAGCAAAUUAGGCGAUAAGAAUGCUAAGCAGAGUGGAAACACACUCUCUGGUGGCAGACCCCAUUUGGAUUCAACAAAAAAGUCUAGCUAAUGUAUAAACACU